CCUGUAGUGUUUUCUCACAGACACUCACACACUCGUUGUGUUGAAGGAUGAUACAUAUAAAUAUAAUAUUUUAUUUUCCACAUUUGUGGACCAGUCCCUGUGGUUUUCACACCAGUGAACUGUCACAUCUCUGCAUGACUGUUCUUUAUAACUUAUGCCACAGUGACCACUACAGGGAACAGGAAAUGAUUAAUAACAUGCCAUCACAGCUAUAAAUGUACAAAAGAUCAAUAAAUAAAUUUGUAAUCGUUAGCCAUUUACUGUGGUGUAGGAGAAAAAAACACUUCAUGAAGUGCUGUUACAGGAAAAUACUCAACUCUGUUUCCUUGCUGUGAAUUAUUAUACUAACAGUGUCCAAAAAUGUUUUAUUCCAUUAGUAGCAUUCUCUCAUUUUUGCAGUGUGCUAACUCUCCUUAUUUAUAGUGCACUUGCUUCCACAGUUUGGUCCUGACUUGAAAUAUUUAAAAGAAACAGCCAGUAUGUGAGAUAUAAUUGAAAUCAAUCGGUUUAAUUUAUGUGUUUUGUGCAUUAAAAAAACUCACUAAACAAUGCUAUAAGGACAUGUUUGCUCAUUCUUCUGAGUUCUAGCAGGAAGGAAAAACAGCACCACAAAACCACUAGCAUGUGUCAGUAGGUGGUACGGCUCUGUGCUAACAGCAUGAACAAAAAACAGCACAAUUAACCCUGUUUCUGACCAAAUCUCCUAUAGCCCUGUCACUUGUCUUUAAUUAGCUUACAGGACUGGGGAUCAUAAAUCCAAAGUUAGAUAAAGCCUGUGUAAAGCAAAAGCCUUUCCCCUUCAGAAAAUAGGCUUUUCCACCAGGACAAAUGCAUCUAUCUAUGUUAUGCAUCCUCAUAUUAACACCUGUUUUGGCAUUGUUGGUAAAAUAAACAAUGAUGUCUCAGGUACUGUAUAAAAACCCUUAUUAUUAUUAUUAUUAUUAUUAUGAACUAAUCUGACUAAUCUAGUUAAUUGAUCAGUACCUCCAGAAAAAGUAAAUGGUAAAGCCUCUUCUGGAACUGGAAAAGAAGGUAAGCCUCUUAUGUAAAUCUCUAAAUCACUUCCUGUAAUUCACUCCCUUUCUGUUACUUGACAGAUACCUGGAGGUUGGAUGCAAGUGCAUGAGGUUUAUUCACUCAAAUCAUCACAAAAAUAUGAAGAGCCAAAAGAGAAAUAAAAGUCAGUGUAUCUGGGGCUGAGUUUAUAUUUGCAGUUGAUGGAGUGUCUCAGGUCCUUGGUGGCCAGUCACACUCUGUCUUUUUGCUGAAUCUGGGUAGUCCUGCCUCAGCAGUGGUCAGUUUGUCUUGUGGGUAUGAGUGGCACACAGAAGCUUUUGGUAGGUGGCCCCCCACACUUGAACUGAGUGUUGACCAGAGGGAAAUCAGUGGUGCAGGCAUUCCUUGAAGUCAGUGGGAGCUGAUAGCUGAUAGGGGGAUGAAAACAAAAAUAGAAUGACCUACAUGGCAGAAUGGCACAGGGGGUUCUGGGAAUUUCCACAGGAAACCGCUGAUCUCCAAAUUUGCCCACUCUACUUGGCAUUGUACUCUGGGUAGUAGUCUGAUAUUAAGCUAACAUUCACACCAAUGCUGAUUCACACAGGUCACUUCCUUAUGUGGUCAUUGGCCUCUCUGCAGUUGAGGCAGUCUCUCCUUCUCUCUGUCUCAUUUAGGGUGAGAGAGCUGAAUUCCAGCUGAAUUGGUUAUACUCUGCUGGAGGUGUUAGGCACAGCGUUCUCUGCUGUAGUAGGGGUCAGCUCUGCAAGAGUUGGUCAAGCCAGAAAGCCAGAUUGAUGAGGGUGUUCAGAGUCAGGUGUAGGUCAUGACACACAAGCUUGUUGAGUACCUCUGGCUUGAGUUAGCAAUGAAAUGCAGCCUUGUAAUCCAGCUUGUUCCAUCUGCUCCUUGUGGUGAUGGUACACUCCAACACUCCCUCCUAGGUCUCCUAGGAUAAGGACAGUAGCCACUUACCAACCUCCUUACCAAGCUGUGAGUGAAGAUGUAGCAAAAGAGCUUAAUGUGGUGGAAGAGCACAAGUGCUGCUAGAAAGCACAUGCUUCACCAACUUGUUCACACACUACACUGGCCAAAAGGAGUCCCCUGCCUGUUAGCAGCAUGAUGAAGUUGGCCACUUUGUCUAUUUCUGACAUGCUGAUAAAAACUGUUGAAAUACAAAGAACAUUGUAAGAGGAAUCCUGUACAUUGUGAAACGUCACCUGCAUACUUCUCUUACAUGGACAUUCAGUGGCAGAUUGGCAGCAGUGAAAUGCAUCUCAUGGUGAUGACAACGGUUUGGGCUAACUGCUCUACCUUGCUUUCAAAGUCCACAAUUUGCUGCUACUGCUCUCCUGCCAGCUGUCCAUGUGCCGUGAUGGCUUGGCCCCAGCCCGAGUAGCCUGCUGCAAAGGGCCUUAUAAAGGGGCUAACUCAAACAUACAUAACUGUACACAGAUGGAAACAAUCAGAAUGGUAACCAUGAGCAUGGGAGUGCAGGAGGUUGCAGGGGGUUUGUAAUGUUUUGUGAUGUGACAUGUGACAAUGUAAUUCCAGAGCACUGAUUUUCUAUUAGUAUAGAUUUAUACAAGUCAGUUCUUCUGGACCAACAGCAUCAAAACAGCCCCAAAGCAUCACUGAUUCAACAAAAAUGCAAUAAACCAACAGUUUUCAUGACAUGACACAUUGUUUUCCUUGGCUGAGCACUGCAAAUAUGGACCACUGCACGACAAACUCAUCAGAGACAGGGUAGUCGUUAGCUUGAAUGAUUACGUCUGCGUGGUGAAUGUGCUGUUAAACCGUCUGGCUCUGCAGACAUAAGACAUACGAGUCAUAAGCAGAAACAAACCAUCUCAAAGCAGGCAUAGAGGUGAAAGUGGCCAUGGAGCAAAAGAUAAAUUUAAACACAUUCAAAAUGUCAAGUGUGGAAAAAGCCCAUUUCACCCGAAAGCACACGACCCUGCUAAUACAGUACUGUGUCAUGCCUGUGUGACUUAGCCCUUACUUGGACCGGGAUUCUCACCACUCAGUGUGACUGGAGUUUCGAACAUGCUACUUCAAAAAGGUGACAAGCAUACAUUAGAGGAAGUGAAAGUGUAUAAGUGUGCAUCUGGCACUGUUAGGCAGACAUGCCAUCACCAAACUGGGUCUUGUCACACACGUUGAUGACAUAAGCAAACACACUUUGCAGAAACACUAUCCUAAGUUGUCCAGUGGUCUGGGACUGAUACUGUACUGGGGCUGAGACCGAGACCAUACACUAUUAAAGGGAGGGAGAAAUACAUUCUUCCCUCUGUUGAACAGACCCAUGGACUGUUAGUGGUAGUUUUUAGUAAGUUAGAUGCUCGAUGCGAACAUUUACGUUUAGUUAAUACAACACAUGGCACCUACAGGCUACACAUCCAUAAGACACAUACACCUUAGCACAAUGCCAUCUGAUCUCUAAACCAUGUACACCUGUUACUAAUAAUUACAAGGCACUGGACUACUUAUCAGAAGGUUCUGAGUUUAAAUCCUCGGGCCACCAAGGUCUGCCAAUAUUGGGCCCUUGAGCAGGGUACUUAACCCUCAACUUCUCAGAUGUAUAAAACAAAUAAAUGUAAGUUGCUCUGGAUAAGGUGUCUGCCAAAGUUGGUAAAGGUGAAUGUUAGUCUUUUACAAACACAAUCACUGUGAAAGAAAACCUCAAGUUUGUUUAUUCACCUGAACUUUACCAAGCCUUGAAUUCCUGUUUUUAUUUCUAUAUUUUAUUUGACCCUGAUCCUGCCUUACAGAUUGGAUUUGUUUUCUUGGUAUUUCAUUAACUUUUAGACUGUAACUGUAUUUGUCUGAGCUACUACAUUAUGGUAGCCACAACUGUACUACUACUGUGUGCUAUUGCCUCGUUACAGCUCACAUUGUCAUGAGAAAAAUAAGUGAUGAUCUCAAGGAAACACUUUUUAAUCUAUCUCUGUAAUGUUUAUUACUUUAUAAUAAUUUCUACUCAGAUUUGUUAUUCUCUUUUUGAUUUCAGGAUUUCUUUUUACUUUUUUACUUUCCUUUCGACCUUCAUAGCCCUGGUUAUCCUGAUUACUUUUUUAUUUGACCCUGUUUCUGCCUUAAAGAUUGGAUUUGUUUUUUGGUAUUUCACUAAGUAUCAGACUGCAGCUGUAUCUGUGUGAGCUUCUACAUUAUGUUUACAUUAUGUUUUUGUUUUCAGGAGCCAUGAUCUUUAUCUCUAUUCUGGUUCCAGCCACUGUUGUAGUGUUAGUUUUUCCUCUGUUCCUGUGGAAAUGCUUCUUCCAAAAUAAAACUGUUAAAGACAGAAAUAAUGAUCAAGUCUAUGAAUCUGUACAUGAGGUUACAGUGACUGCAUGUGAAAAUCUGUAUGAACCUAUUUAUGUCCUGGCAGGAGACCCAGCUAUAAUCAAUCAGGCCCAAAAGACACAUCCUGUUUCUUCUGCAUCCUCAGAGACACCUAGAUAUCAGAUCAUACAGAAAAUACAGAAGGACACCUGAGCGAAGUUUCACCAACUAACUGCAAACAGAUCAUAAACUUCAGAUCUUAUAUUUCUCACAGGAUCAGGAUCUUUCAUCCCCUGUCUCUUCUUCCAGGAGGUUACAGCUUGACUGUAGACAGAUCCUUUAAUAAUAUCAAGGGUUCAUUAUUUUAUUUUAAUAUAUUCACACACACACACACACACACUGUAUAUAUACAGUGGGCAUAGAAAAGAAUCACCCCUUCAGUAAGGAAGAAGGACAUGUCCAGCUGUAUUUACACAGCACAACGUUCAACAUCCAAGAUAUAGCAGCAACAAGUCUGAAAAAAAGAGUGUAAUAUCAUUGUUUCCUCCUUAAAGACUCCUCACAUGAUCCUUCAUACAUCAACGUUUCCUAAAAUAUCCCCCCAUCCCCACCCCCACCCCCACACAACACACUCCAACACAUCAUCACGGGCUUGAUCAGGAAGUUGUGAUGGAAAGAAGGACAAACUGUCAGUUAGUAAAAUAUUCACCAUGAGUAGUGUCCUGCAGGUGUGUGUGUGCGUCUCACUCGCUUUAUUCAUCACUAACCAAGCCGUCACAGUACAGAGAGUGUUUCUGCCCAAAGACCACUUCCUGUUCCUGUCAUGUGACGGUCAGUCAGAUGUGGAGUGGAGACAUGGAGAGCGGAGUCUGAGGAUUGUGAACAGCACCAAGCAGAAUCUCUUAUCAGACGGAACGCUGUACAUCAGUGAGGUGGAGGACAGCGACUCGGGCCUGUACUACUGCAACAACCAGCUCAGGGCACAUAUCACUGUACUCACAGGUACACACACACUCACAGAUUAUAACGUUGAUGUGUGUGAAGGUGGAACUGUGUACCUGCGGUGUUCACUCCCUAAACAGCGCUGGGCUUUUAAACACAACACCGAAGCAAAGAGAGUCUUCAUCUCCACACGCUUCAAGAACGGAACGGUCAUCAAGGAACGUCCAGAUCCAGACUCACGCUUCACACACACUCCAGAACAUCUACAGAUCCUCAACAUACAGAUGCUCGACUCAGGGACCUACUACUGCAGCGGCAAAGACAUCGCUGCUGUUUCUGUCACAUCAGAGAGCAACACACUCCAGUGUCCUGCUACAGAAGCAACAGAAUCAGGAAACGACGUCCCUCAGAAGUCUGGAAACGCUGUGGUUACGGUGGUCCUGCUCUCGGUCAUCGUGUGUCUGAAGUUCAGCGGCAGAAAAAAGCCCACAGCUUCCAAACCAGAAGAAAGUGCACUGAAUCUGCAGAACACACGCUCUCAGGACGCAGACACUUCAGUGACGCUUCAGUCAGCAGAUCGAUUGAGGAGCUGUAAUGAUGAGAUCCACUAUGCAUCACUGGGGCAGAACUGGAGAGCUCGAGGCUGGAAUCAGCAAAGCAGACAGCAGGUCAUUUACUCCACACUGCUGCUGACCCCUAAACACACACCAUAGAACAUAGGACACACACACACACACACACACCAUAGAACAUAGGACACACACACACACCAUAGAACACAGGACACACACACACCAUAGAACACAGGACACACACACACCAUAGAACACAGGACACACACACACCAUAGAACAUAGGACACACACACACACCAUAGAACACAGGACACACACACACACCAUAGAACACAGGACACACACACACCAUAGAACACAGGACACACACACACCAUAGAACAUAGGACACACACACACACCAUAGAACACAGGACACACACACACCAUAGAACACAGGACACACACACACCAUAGAACACAGGACACACACACACACACCAUAGAACACUGGACACACACACACCAUAGAACACAGGACACAC